GGUGGCGUCUCCCAGCGACCGCGCACGCGCGCGCGCCGAUAAAAAAAUCGGGGUCAGCGCGUGGACUCGGCCGCUUCGCCUUCGCGAUCGAAUCGGCGGCAGCGCUUGCCUCCCUGUCGCCCCUGUCGUGUCCGGGUUGGCGCCCAAGCGCAAAAGCCAAAAGGAAUACUCUACUGCGUACGGGGGCGUUUUCGGUUGGUGCGGUUGGGUGGUCAUUUUCGGGCAGCUUCUCUUGGGACGGUCCUUGCGCGAGGGCUCCCAUCUUUCCUGCGCCCCCCGUUGACUCGGGGGGACAUUCCGUCGAGCACCUUCCGCGCGGCGCCGGGUGGCGUGGGGGGGAUCUGCGGAUGCCUUCAGGCUCUGCUCUUGUGUGAACGGGCGGCGGUUACUGGCUUCUCGGGGGCGUUCAUUGAUGCCGGUCUCGUCGCGGGAGCGGGCUCCUCGCGGAUGGACUGCAACAGCUGCUACGUUCUGAAAUCAAGAAGGUUCGUUGGCAUCGCCGAUGCCAGCUUCGAGGAUGCUGCAGAUGGCAUCGGUGAAUUUGGUGACAGGCUGAGUUCUGCAGACAAGCAGAAGGUUAAGGGUGUUGAGGAAACCAUGGAGUUCGUGGAGAAGCAGGAGCUGGCUUGGAAUUCUAACCUCCUCUCGUUCACGGAUGAUGGUUUACUUCUUCCCGGGAGCAGUGAGUUGCACGCUCCGACAUCAGGAGAGACAGCUUUAUCUGGUAAAAUAGACAGGUCUGGAAGCGUUGGAACAAGCAAGACUCCUAGACUGGGCUCUGUGCUUGGAACGGCCAGCAUGGCUGGAUUUGGCAAAGCGGUGGAGAUUUUAGACACAUUAGGAUCCUUGGUGACGACCUUGAGCCCAGAUGGUGGCUUCAUUUCUAGAUCAAAGACCAAAGGGUGCAAGAUAUCAAUUCUUGCUUUUGAGGUCGCCAACACAAUACUUAAAGGUGCCAGUAUUAUGCAAUCUCUCUCUGAAGACACUGUUACGUACUUCAAACAAGUUGUGCUUCCUUCUGAAGGUGUACAGAGUUUGGUUUCCAGUGACAUGAGUGAGUUGAUGCGAAUUGCAGCUAAUGACAAAAGGGAAGAACUGAAAAUAUUUUCCCAAGAGGUUGUCAGGUUUGGCAACCGUUGCAAAGAUGCCCAGUGGCAUAACCUGGACCGCUAUUUUCUCAAAUUAGAAUCUGAAAGUGCACCCCAGAAGCAACUGAAAGAAACAGCCAUAUCAGAGAUGCAAAAGUUGAUGACUCUUGUUCAACGUACAACUGAUUUGUACCAUGAGCUGCAUGCAUUAGAUAGAUUUGAGCAAGAAUACCGCUCUAAGCUAAAGGGAAAGGAUACAGAGAGAUUUGAAAAAGGAGACAAUAUUCAAAUUGUAAGACUGGAGUUGAAGACCCAAAGGAGUUAUGUGAAGAGCUUGAAGAAAAGAUCUCUCUGGUCUAAAACGUUGGAAGAAGUGGUCGAGAAGCUUGUAGAAAUCGUGCACUACUUACAUAUUGAGAUCAGCAAUACUUUUGGAUCUUCUGAUGGAUUUGCUUCGAGUGCUGAAUCAACUGUGAGCUGUCAAAGGCUAGGACCUGCUGGACUGGCAUUACAUUAUGCAAACAUUAUCAUUCAGAUUUAUAGCAUUGUUUCUCGGUCAGGUUACGUACCAUCAAACACAAGAGAGGCCCUCUACCAGGGAUUGCCACUAAGGGUCAGAACGGCUCUACCAAAUAGAUUAAAAGCUUCCUCAGUGCCUCAGGAGCUCACAAUUGAUGAUAUAAGGGUUCGGAUGGAGAAAUCAUUGAAAUGGCUUGUUCCUAUGGCUGUCAAUACCACCUGUGCUCGAGGCUUCUUGAGGUUUAGCGAAUGGGCUAAAUCGGGGACUGACAGAGUCGGGAGACGACCAGGCCAAGCAGACCCAAUCGAAACGCUCUACCAUGCCAACAAGGCAACGACCGAGGAUCACAUCCUGGAGUUGGUCGUUUGGCUUCACCACCUUGUCAACCAGAGUAACCGGCCAGCAAUGCAAAAGACCACUGACCUGCCUCUACAUCUAACAAAAACCGCAAAAUGAUCAUGGCUGUUAUCCGAAAAGGCUGUUUUUCUAGUGGUCAGCAAAUUCACGAAGCUCUUCGUGAUCCAGUUCAUCGGUUGAUUUCGUGCUUGAUAGGUUUGUAGAUCGGAGCUAGAGUUGUUCUUGCCAUGGAGGACGUGCCUUUUUUUCUUAUGUCCAGAUACAACCGGGCAUGCUUAUAAAUGCUCUGUACAUCAGCUGAGUAGGUCUAGUGCACGGAUAUAGCUUUGUUAAUUUUGACUUGUUGGUUAUUUAUCAAUGCGCGGCGAAAAACCAAACAUGAAUCUCUUUCCGCACAUGUAUAAUUGUAUAUGCGGUUGUGAUAAUCACACAAGUUGUGAUCAUA